AUGCGACGCCUCGACCGUGCUCCUGGCUGUCAAACCCAAACCCGAACCGAGACCAAAACCAAACCUGCCGCGCGUCCCAAGCCGCCGCGACCGUCGACAUGUUCCAUUGCCCGCAACACAGCGACGGCUCGCCGGAUUGUCUCUGCCCCUUCCGGUUCCUCGCCGCCACCCCGCCCGGCUCUGACUUGGAAGCCCAGGCCUGCAGGUGGCGCGCGCGCACCCACGCAGCCGCACCAGCCACUGUUGUCGCACCACUGUGCCCGCCCCCGGCUCUCCGCUGGCGGGCUGCGCUUGCGUGCGCCGAAUGCUGCUGCCGUCAUCGCUAGCGCUGCUGCUAGUCCUGCCACCGCCGGUGCGUCCCGCGCGUCGUUGCCCUCGUCCUCCCAACUCCAGAAACAACAUGUCGUUCCGCUGGCCGUCAAGACGCGCUCUCCUCUAGCGAGCCUCGCCAAUAUGCCUCCUGGCGAGAGGCCUCGACAGCCCCAGCUGAGUGCUGCUGCGGCAAGAUCUGUCAACCGAACCCCUCUGACUCCCAAGAUUGCCGCCAAGGGACCUCCUGUGACCCCUCUGGCCAGACGACCUCCCUCUUCGACGCCCACGCUUGCUGCUUCUCACAACCCGCGAGACGAUGUUUCCACUCCUGUGGUCGCCUUUCUGGCCCAGAACAUAACCCCUCGCUCCGGCCCCAGGCAAAGUCGUGUCGACAGUGCUAAUUCCACCCCGAGCGGCACCCCGAACCCGGAGAGGACGAGCGACGGCUUUGAAAACAACAACACCAACACCACCGCCGCCUCCAGGCUUGCACCGGGCGUAUCCCCCCCCGCGAAUGACCUCCCUAGACAGGCAGCAUCUCAGUUGGAUCCUGCCAGUGAUGCCAACGACUCCAGCAAGUUCUUUUAUGCCAGCGACGCCAGAUCCAUCCAGCAGGGAGGCUCGCAAAGACCGCUGUCCGUUCCGCAAAAGCCCGCCAACACCUUCUUCUAUGCCAAUGGGACCACGGCCGAUGGAUGCCGCAACGUUAGCCCGCCUUCCAACGCUACGCCCAUUCUCCCCCCAAGUUCCAAUCCCGAGCCUGCCGCAACCAAGUUCUUCUACGCGAACGGGACCCCUGGCAUGUCCUCCAGGCCCGGUAUGCUGCAGUCCACCUCGGCUUCUGCCGCAUCCUCGUUUUCUCGAAUAACUCCCUCACGACCACCUACGAGUAACUGCGGCUCUACCUUUAGCGUUCCGCCGGCCCAGCGGCCAGCGUCACCAGUCAAGGCAGUAUCAACACCCGUGACACAAACCUUGAAAAACAAUGUCGCCUCGCCGCCUUCUCCAAAACGGAAUUCUCUCGUCGCGUCAUCCUCGCCGUCGUUGACGCAGCAAAUGUCUUCUGUUUCCCAGAAAAGAGUAAGCAUCGACACAGCCCCAAAGGAGACGGGCGGGCACAGGAGAGCAGGAAGCAUGCCUGGGUUCGAGCCCCUGACAGUUGCCCGCUUCAAUUUGUCCCCGAAUCCAUCCGAGUCCGCUUCAGCGUCCCCACCGUUGAGCCCAGGCUUCUCACAGCCUGCCAUGACGAUGGCUUCUCUUCUGCAAAUCGCCGACGACCUACAAGACGACGCCGAACCCGGACAAGGGGACGCUCGGUCUGAUGUGCCUCCUCCAGCACCCCAGAGCCCUACCAAGUCUGCAAAUCUCAGCGGCUCUGUCAGCGAACUCGUAGCCAAUGCCCGCCGCGAACGCAAGGUGCAGGACCUGGAGAUUACCAAUGCGUCUCUGGAAGCCAUCAACAGGACACUGGAGCGGCAGCUUCGCAAGCAAAGCGCCGAGUUGCGACGGUACCGCCGGCUUUCUAGGUCGGGUGCCUUCUCGGCGGCAUCUAGCCGAGUAACUUCUUUAGCUCUAACCGAGCCACCCACGGACAUGUCUGAUGUUGAUGAAGAGGACGAGACGGAGCUGGAAGAGGAUGCAGACUCGUUUGAUGAAUCCGACCUGUCGAGCAAUGACACCGUGGACACAGAAGACAUCAUGUCAUCCAGUGCGAAGCUGGAUGCCCGACGAAGACGAGACGAGAAGCGGCUUCAGCUGGACCUAACCAAGCACCAAGAACUGCUUGUUGACAGUCAGAGGAUGAACCAAAGCUUGAAACGAUGCCUCGGCUUUACCGAGACACUGAUCAGAGAGGGCCAAAAGGCGCUCCAGUAUCACGUUCGAGUGUCUGACAUUCAACUCGGAGGACGGGUGUUGGCCCCAUCAGAUGACUGA